GCGGGCCGGCCGGCUGUUCGUCAUGGCAGCUUCUCGUUUGCCCCCGGUGACCUUGACGCUGAGGCAGUUCAUGAGAAGACAGCAGGUUCUCCUCUUGUACAGGAAGAUUUUGCAAGCGAUCCGCCAGGUCCCAAAUGAGUCUGAUCGCAGGUACCUGAAGGACUGGGCAAGGGACGAAUUCAAAAGGAACAAAAGUGCCACGGAAGAGGAUACAAUCCGGAUGAUGAUCACUCAAGGAAACAUGCAGCUCAAGGAGUUAGAAAAAACACUGGCAUUAGCAAAAUCCUAACUAUUGCAUUAUUCUGGAGAAGUUGCUCAACCUCCGUGUACUUGACUGAGUAUAGGCACUAUGAUGGAAAAACCCAAUGGAAUUGUUUUUAUGUUCCGUGCUUGGGCAAAAGAACAUACACCAUGGACCAUGUCAUCGGGUGAAAGAGAAGAGUAUCAGAACAGUCCUCAGUACCACUCUGAAUCUGGGGACAUUUUCUGGGUCUGUGACAAGUGUCUGGGAGAGGUAAAAGCCAGUGUAACAAAUGGUCAGUAAGUAAAUCAGGGAAAGGCAAAUGAGAAUCCACAGUAACAGCCACUUCACCCAGUCUAGGAUGUGUAAAAUGAAACAUUCCAAGAUUCCGAA